AUGCUUACUCCCCCGCAUCCCCAGACCCAAUUCUCCACGAAUAGCGUCUUCGGUUACGGAUCAUUGCCCGAUUGCUCCGGGCCCCCAAACGCCAAAAAGCCCUGUGCAGACCAUGGGCCCUCUCCGCUUGCCAAGAUUGAGUUCUACGAUCAAGUUGCACCAAGGGACCUCGUGAACCAAUCUCCGACCCCUGUCAGACCAUCCUUCAGGAGAGUGUUCAGAUGUCUCGAGCUCAAUGUGGCUACCAAUCCUGCGGCUGAGGAGAUAAUGCGUUUUCACUUUACAAGUUACGGCAGUGGCGCCUUUGACACGGUCUUGAUGGCCCUAAAACGAGUCAGUGGCCGGCGGUAUGGAAAGGCAUUCCGUCUCUUGCGCCAAUAUCUUGUCCAGAGUGCAUACAUGACUGUCUUCGGCCAAUAUGUUCCGAAAUUGAUUUGA